CUGCAGGGGGUACUGCGGGCGGAGCAGGAGCUGACGGUGCACCUAAGGGAGACGCACGCGGCCAUUGAGGGGCAGCUGGCAGCCCUGAGGGACCAGCUCAAGGCUGAGCGGCAGAAGCGCGCCGCUGUGGUCAAGAGGCGCGGUGACUUGCAGGUCCAGGUGGAGCAGCUGCAGGCGCAGGUGGCGGCUCAGCAGGCAGAAAUGGCAGUGCUUAUGGACAAGUUGGUGCGGGUGAGGGCACCUGAGGCCGUGUGA